UUCGGAGCACAGUCGAGCAGGCAUGCUGUAUUGCAUUUUUGGAUUUCUUCGAUAGCUCUCUCGGAGUUGAAGAAAACAUGGUCGGUGAUUCUCAAACGAAUUUUGGGACUGAAAGUCAAGAGUAUACGUCAAAGAAAAUUCUACCACCGGAGGGAAUUGCAAGGACCAUGGGCCAUAAUCGUACCUGUUGUACCAAUAUAGGCGAAGUCAAAGCUCUCAUGAUGAACUGGAAAAAAAGACAAAAAUCAGUUCAAAUUUUGAAGGUCAGUUUGAUAAUUUAUGGUUGUAAGCAGUAUCUAUUGAUGUUUAUAGUGAUGAUGGGAGUAAAUCCAUGCAACUUGAAUAACUGUAUCCAAAGACUGAGUUGCAUCAUGCCACGGGAGAGUUGUGUGACAGUGCAAGAGGCAGUUCAGGCAAUUGAAGCCAACAUAGAUUAUUUUCGAACAAAUGUCUUCCCCAUCAGCACU